AGCCGCGCACGCCACGCCCCCGCCUCCUUUUAAGGGGGACGCGUCAACAACCAACAACAACAACCAUUCUGUCCUAAACGGGAACCGAAGUACACUUGACGGACAAAGCCCGAAUUGACCUUACGUAGAAUGAAUGUGUUAAUGGUGUACGAGUUUGUGUUAAACGUCAUUUGGACCCGCUCGUGCAGCCAAAUAACGUAACUAACAUGUUAAAAACAGCUCUCAACAUGUCUCAACUUUGCCAAAGGCAAUAUUGAACAUAUUUAGAGUCAACGCAAGCUAUCAUACGAGCAGUAAGGCUUGUUACGCCUCACAAGUUGUUUGGCCACACUUCCGGUGACGCUUUACUUUGACAGCCCAGCUUUUGAAAAUGGCUCUUUGUUUUCGCAGCUACGGCGCACGCGCAGUGUGUUGACGUCAUUUUGGGACGGGAGAGGGUUUCGCCCGCGUCUCCACAGCGCGCCGUUUGGCCCUACUUCCGGAAAUGGAGGCCACUUUCGCAUCGGCGUGGCGCAUGCGCAGUGCGUCUCCUUCACAGUGCCCUGCGACGGCGUUCAACAUGAUGGCAGUGCCCCCUUGCUACGCAGACCUGGGCAAAGGUGCCAAGGACAUCUUUAGCAAAGGCUACGGCUUCGGACUGGUGAAGCUGGACCUGAAGACCAAAUCUCAAAGUGGCGUGGAGUUCAACACGUCCGGUUCGAGCAACACGGACUCGGGCAAAGCGUCGGGCAGCCUGGAGACCAAAUACAAGAUGAAGGAGUUGGGCCUGAGCGUCAACCAGAAGUGGAACACGGACAACACGCUGGCUACCGAGGUCACGCUGGAGGACCAGCUGACUCAAGGCUUGAAGGUGGCGUUGGACACAUCCUUUGUUCCAAACACUGGCAAGAAGAGCGGCAAGCUGAAGACGGGCUACAAGCGCGACUACGCCAACCUGGGCUGCGACGUGGACUUCGAGGGGCCCGUCGUCCACGCCGCCGCCGUGCUGGGCUACGAGGGCUGGCUGGCCGGCUACCAGAUGGCCUUCGACACGGCCAAGUCCAAACUGGCUCAGAACAACUUUGCCUUGGGGUACAAGGCCGGCGACUUCCAGCUGCACACCAACGUCAAUGACGGCACGGAGUUCGGCGGCUCAAUUUACCAGAAAGUCAACGAGGCGCUGGAGACGGCCGUCACCUUGGCCUGGACCGCCGGCAGCAACAACACUCGCUUCGGCAUCGCCGCCAAGUACAAAGUGGACGCCGACACUUCUGUGUCCGCCAAAGUCAACAACGCAAGUCUCAUCGGAGUCGGAUACACUCAGAGCCUCCGACCAGGCGUCAAGGUCACGCUGUCGGCGCUCAUCGACGGAAAGAACUUCAACGCCGGAGGUCACAAGGUGGGCAUGGGCUUCGAGCUGGAGGCGUAGAACGAGAAAAAGACGGGAAGAAGAAGACGAAAAACCACCAUCACGUAGCUCCUCCCCCACACGCCCCACAUCCCGCCAAUCACACGCGAGCAUGUUGACAGUGGAGGUGAUUGUUGUUGUGUUGUGGUGCUGCUUGCUCCUCACUGAGAACUUUGACUGACCGUGUGUGAGUGUGUUAAGUUAUGUCACUUCCUGUGGAGGGUUGCCGUGACGACCAGACUUAGGACAAAGUGUACGUGUGAGAGAGGCGCCGCUAGGUGAAAACAAUGCAGUGUAAUCUUCUGGUUAUUAUUUUGCAUAGUUUUCUUCUCUACAGCAGUGUUCCCCAACCUUCUAUACACCGCGGACCGGUUUAGAGUAGGUGUGUGUGUGGGUAUAUAUAUAUAUAUAUAUAUAUAUACACACACACACAUACAUACACACACACACGUGGUUGCCUCGCUUCCUCCUUCGCCCUUCACAGCGCGUCCACUGUGGGCGCGAUAAGGGAGUCGGAGUUGUUGUCGGCAGCCAGACCAGACUGCAGUUCUGGAGCUCCUGAAUGAGAGUAGACUUUGAACUCCAUAAAAGUAGUUCUGCCUGCGUCGAGCAGAAACCUACGACUGUAGUGUCUGUAUCAGAGCGGACUUGGUGCGUGAGAGUUAACUGUUGCGCUAAGGCCGUAUUUUAAGUAGGACUCCUGAUUUAGUGUUGUUUCGUUGAAAAGAGCAAAUCUUUUCCGUAAACAUAAUGCACUGAAUUAGUUUAUGAAAUGAUUUUGUUUGGGCAGCCCGCUCGGACCGGAAACGGAAGCGUUCUGUGCAGCCUCGGAGUGUCAAUUGAGAGGCGCAGCUGUUGCGGCGACGAAGAUCCGGUCAAUUUUCAAAAUAAAACAGAUUGGAUUGCAACAGAAAUGAUAUAAAUUGGUCAUUCUUUCGACCCGGGACCGGUGAUUGGGGACCACUGCUCUACAGGAUUGUUUUCAUCUACUCGAACGUCGUCUAUGUUCCGCAAAAACACUUUUUUCACCGUCCUCGUCGCCCCUCAAAAUGCAAAUUAUUAUUUUUUUUUGGUGUUGUCGUCGUUGUCACUUAGACCUCAUUUUUCCAUGUCAACUAGGGCAACUCUAUUAUUAAAUAUAUUUCAAACGGAA